AUGCUCGCAAGAUCAAGCAGGAGCCUUAUCGGCUCAACAUGGUCAGCAGCUGGUGUCGCGCGCCCAAGUGCGAGGCUAGCGUUGCCGUCCAUCGUCUCGCAGCUCCCAUUGCGACGCACCUUUGCAUCGUCCCCUACAACCCGCAACUCUGCCGCCGAAAGCGAGAAGUCGAGCAAUGACCACGCCGAUGCGAAGGAGGUCUCGAAAUUCAACCGCCUGGAAUACAUCCUCCGCGAGCAGGUCGAACCCACUCACGAGUCGAUGAUCACUCAACUCGAGGACGAUCACCUUUCGCACCUCCCCCUCGUCGUGAGCAGUGGUAGCAAGUGGGCGCCGCUUCCCGCAGGAUUUUCGCUCCCACGUCGUGAUCGCGCUUACAAGCAUAACGACCCGCUCUCGGCGCGCAUCGGCGCCGAGUACGUCUACAACACGUUCAACUUCCCAACUACGCAGCACCUCAAGCGGUUCAAUGCCGAGCUGGCGUCCACGCUGACGCACAAGGCGCGCAAUGUGCAACCCGUCACCUUCUCCAACCCAGCCUCGCGAACCUUCACCAUGGGACUGCCGUCGUUCGUCGGCCUGGAACCUCCGUACCCAGUCAACAAGAACGUGUCCCUCGUCCUCAAGCUCCUCAACGAGUACCGAUUGCGAGGAACCUCCGCGGAGCACAAACAGCGCAUCGCCGAGGAACUCAGGAAGUACGUCGUCCCACACGGCUUCAAGCGCACCGUCCACAUCUUCAGCCUGUACGUGCUCGAGCUGUUUGAGGCACUGCGCAACGCGUCCGAGCAGGAGGCGGCGGACAAGGUCAGUUUCGGCCUGAUAGGUGACGGGGAGCAGGCGAUGCCUGCGCGCAAGGCGACUAAUCCGGUGAAGGGCUUUGGCGCUCUUCCUGGUCCGGGACAGGAGGGCUCUAAGGGCAAGCGGGAGAGGACGCCGCGAAGGAAGUCGGAGGGAGAGAGGAAGCCCAAUCUGGCAGACAGGUUGAGGGCGGACGACCCGAGGCUGCCGGAAGCAGGCACGUUUGUUGCGCAGGAUGGCGGCGCGAUCCAAUCGAACGAUGGAGUGGACGGGCUGCAGGAGCAUGUGCCGUUCCCGACGCCGAGUGCGGAGGAGAUGGGGAUCAAGAAGCCUACUGACACCGGGACUGGCAGUCUCAGCGCCGACGACCCGAAGCUGCCGGAGGCCGGCACAUUUGUCGCACAGGAUGGCGAGGCACAUAAGCCGAGCAAGGGCGUAGACGACUUGCAGGAGCAUGUGCCAUUCCCCACACCGUCAGCGCACGAGAUGGGCAUGAACAAGCCCACGGACGAUCUGUGGAGCGCAGGCAGCCCAACCACGCCGCAAGCACCCGAGUCUGCGCCGCCGCAGCAGGCGAGUGAAAGUGUCCAUGUGCCGCAAGAGCACUCGAGACCAGCCGCCGCUGACAACGACGUCAACUCGGCCGACCUUUGGAGUGCUGACAACCCCAAGCUGCCCGAAGCAGGGACAUUCGUUGCGCAGGAUGGGGACGCGCACAAGCCAAGCGAGGGCGUUGACUCGCUAGAAGAGCACGUCCCCUUCCCCAAGCCAACAGCGGAAGAGAUGGGCAUCAAGAAGCCUACCGAGUGA